AAAACGCGGGUUCGUGGGAAAGACCAGGCGUCCAGACCAUCUGAGGCUUUAUUGUUUCACCCCCAGGUUCCCGCAGUACUCAGGAUAAUGCGUGCAUUACCGGGCAGGCAGAGGGGGACUCUGCUGCAAAGCUUCAACACCAUUGCAGGGCAUUUAUGGGUACACAGGACAGCCAUGACCUUAAGAGCAUGUGGCCUGAUUAUCUUCAGGAGGCUGCAGGAGGCACGGUCUACUUCUGCUCUUGGGAACAAUGUUGAGUACCUCCUUCUGCAGACAUCCUAUGGGACUCAUCACUGGACCCCUCCAAAAGGUCAUGUUGAUCCUGGGGAAGACGAUCUGCAAACAGCUCUCCGGGAGACACAGGAGGAAGCUGGGCUGGAGCCCUCUCAGUUCACAAUCAUCGAUGGGUUUAAGAAGGAACUGAAUUACGUUGUGAAAGGCAAGCCCAAAACAGUCAUCUACUGGCUGGCUGAAAUGAAGGACCACAGCACGGAGAUCAAGCUCUCGCCGGAGCACCAGGCCUUUCGCUGGCUGACCCUCCCCGAGGCCUGCAGGCUUUCGGGGUACGAGGAUAUGCAGGCUGCCCUGAAGGAGGCGCAUCAGUUUCUCGGCUGCAAAGCCUGAACGCCCUGUGCGCACGCGGGAAUCCUGGCUGCUUGUUCCGUAAAAAUAAAAGGGAGUAUGGGACAAGGAUGGACUGUAAUGCUACUGAGCUACUUGAUUUUUGUAAACGCCUUACUUGGCUCCUGAAAGGUGGUGUAAAAGUACAAUAAAGAAAUGUGUACGACUUGCA